AUGCCAGCAGUAUCAGCAGUUCCCGUUGCCUUGGCAGUUAGUGCGUUAAAGAAAUACAUCUCACAUUUUACGACCGAUGAAUUACCAGCACAUUCUUCGCCAGUAUGGAAAGAUAUUUCUGAUGAGUUGCAAGGAUUGUGGAAAGUUCCAGCUGUACGAAUUAUUGUACGAGAGAAUAGAAGAGAAAUAUUAACACUCGCUCGAACAGAAUGCGGAAUCUUUAUACAUGAUGAAGAUAAAGAACACAUUUCCCAUAAUCUAAAUGAUUCAAGUAAUAAUCAUGAUAACUCUGACACUACACACGAUCUAAGUGAAAGUGGUAAUGGCAAUGACAACACGGAGGGGGUGGAAGAGGAGGGAUUCAAGAAAUUUAAAUCUAAUAAACGCAAUAAUGAAAAUGAUGAGAUUGAAAAUUUCGAAGUAGCAAUCACCAGAGAGCAAUGGAAUAAAAUUAAGUGUGAUAAACCAUUGGUUUAUAAAGGGCGCAAAUAUUAUGGUUUUGAACCUGGAGUAUGGACAAACAUUGUUUAG